UAAUAAUCUAGCCUUGGAGGGAUUGGAAAAGGAUCUUGAAACAGCUGCUCGAUUGGGCCAGGUACGUUGGUGACUUACCUUUCUCUCUUACUGUCUGUCCCUUUGUGUCCUGAAAAGAGGCUUUCUACAAACGUCAGGCCGUCAUCAUAUGUGCCUGAUGUUUGGUUGUUAUAAUUGCGCACAUACCUCAGUUUUUGUAUAUACGCAUGCUUUCGCACAUUCUCCUUCCUGGUGGGAGGACCAUUCUCUUUCUUUACAUUAUUGAGCUUUUGACUCUGGAAUUCUCGUCCAUAUUCCCUGUCCAUAUCGGGGUUUAGGCGAAGAUCCCCCAAAGAACACGAGCAUUUAUUCUUCCCCGUUGUGUCUACUGCCUAGUUGCUCGCCCAUCAUGGCGUCUCAGGGACUGCGGUCCCCGAUUCUUUCCCAUUGUGUUACAGCUCUGCUCCAUCGCCAUGAAUCGUACAUGGCCGAGGCGGAGGAAGACCGCCGGCGGUUACUCGCCAAUAUUGAGAAUCUGGAGCGUGAGAAGCGCCAGGUUGAGGCCGAGAAUGCCCGCAUCAUCGAAGAGAACCGUGGUUUGUUGGAGCAGUUGGACGGUCUGAACAAGGCCGUCGCCGAAUCGGACGCUCAUGCCAAAUCGCUCGCGGCUACACUAGAGUGUAGAGAGGCCGAGCUGCGCAAAGUGACGAUGUCGGCCGCCCGCGCUGCGGAACUCGAAGUCCAACUGGCCCAGAUGGAGGCCGAACAGUUGAGACUGCAGGAGACUUUACAGGUGGCACAGGAAGAUAGCAAGUCAGCUGUGCAGCGAUGGAAGAAGGCGGAAUGUACCCUCCGAGAUCUGCAUGAUCAAGUCGACCGAAUCGAGAAGGAGGCCCGGGAGGAGCGCGAACGACACAACGAACUCAUCCAGCGCAUGGAGCGGAGAAGGGCGGUGGAGCGCGAGCUUGACGGUGCCGCCGGACGCUUAAAGGGCGCUGCUGCCGCGCAGGAGCUAGGUCGGAAUCAGGGCAACCCUAAUGUUGUCUCGCGCUUCGUUCGGGACAUCCUCCAGGAUAAUGCGAAUCUGCAGAUGGGAAUCAUAGAGUUGCGGGAGAUGCUCGAAAGCUCGAACCAGGAGGUGCAGAAUCUGCGAGAUCAGAUCCUGUCGCAUCAGCCCUUGACUUCAACCGGUGAAGACGAUGAGCGAGAGCCGCGGCCGUCAUCAACGACAUUGGAUCACGAAUUAGACCCGAAAGAAUCGCGCCGCGUAUCGCAAGAAUUCCAUAUUCACCAUCAUUACCAUACCCCCUCCAUCUCCGUCGGCUCCAAGAAGGAAAAGAGUGCCAUCUUUCGUCGAUCCAAGAAGAGACGGUCUCUGGGGCCCACCACAGUCAUGCACUCGGCGUCAACCUCCCAGGCGUCCCGGAAAUUCUCGCACCAGCACCAGCCAUCCGUCUCCUCGACCUCAACUAUUCUGUCUCAGACGUCGGUUUCAAUUCCUCCUGCCGCGGCUUCCCGCCGUUGGUCACUGCGAUCACCCGGAGCCGAAUCCUCGCUAGCGAGCUCGCCACAGUCAGGGUAUCGAGCGUCAUCCAUCUUCGACCGGGUGGAACGCGGUUUCGAAUCGUCACAACCGACUAGUCCCGAAAGCACGGCCGUCUCGUCUCCGGUUAUGGUCUCUCGCCACAAGAACGUCCCCUUUGAUGUACCUUUCCGGCCUCUGGAUGGACUUGAGGGAACAGAGAGAGUCGGCGAUGAUUCGAUGCACAUGGCAUACGACUAUUUUGGUGAUCAUACGAACUAUGCAGAGCUGGAUCGGAUGCCGCUCCAGUCGGUGAUACCCGAGGAGAUGGAGGAUUCCUCCUCUGCCCACUAUGCAGAGUCGGUCUCCGACCGGCCUCCCACAAUGUCUGACGAUGUGUUCUCAACACCGCACAGUCCCACCCUACGCAGACGGCAAUCUCAAGAGAGCCUCUUUUCCAUUGCAGGCAUGGACAUCCAUACACCCAGUCGGCGUCCUUCGCGGAUCAGCGACCAUCUUCAAUCCGAUUUGCCCAUUCGCACUCCACGCCGCAUCAUGUCGCCUACUCCGGAGCUCUUCUCACCAUCGCCCAUCAUUUCAACCAGCACGGUCACGGCGGAUCGAGAACCACCAAAAUCCUCCGAGCAUUCCCCCGAAAGCCGAAACCGCGCCGCGGAUGCAGUAUCUGCUGUGUCCGCGGACAGCGGCUCGACCGAGUCCACUGUCACUCCCAACAGGAAGACUUCGCUGAGUCGUCGGGUGGGAGGCUGGGUGCGAGGUCGUUGGGGCAUCGCUGCGGUCUCUGCAGACAGGAAUGCUAAACCUCAGGCCGAGUCGGAUGCUUUGCCUCCGGAAAGCACCGCCUCGCCAGAAGCUACCCGUCCAUCUUCUGCCGGCGCAAGAAGGAGCAGGGCCAGCUUCGACGCUGUCCCGAAUCUGCGAUACAGGUACCCGGGUGUCAACCAGUCAGGACCCAUCAUGGGCCUUCGACCGCCCCCGCGAGCUCCUGUCUCGUUGCAUCCGGUACAACUGGAUGAGGGACUUUUGAGGGAGAGCUUGGCCGAGUAAUCGUCUCCGGAGCUCAACCAAUCCUCAUUCUCUUCUGGCUUUCAGUCGUCUAUCGUUUCAUCCUUAUACUCGGCCUUUUCGACAUUAUAUUACUGCAUUGCAUCUUUUAUGACCCGAAUGAUGCCUUCAUUCUUUGCAUCUAGCCACGGAUCUGGAGUACCGUUCUUUUGGUCACAUUUUCCUUUACUUUGACGGUCUAUAUGAUACCCCUACAGCUGCCCAUUUCUUAUGUUUCGUUUGCCUCAUGGCGUAUGCUUAGCUACAUGCCACAAUUCAUGGCCUUACUCAAACCAAUCUGCCACUUUGUAGUCACUUAUCGAAUGGGAAAUGGAGAUUGCCGCAAGGCACAUACCUGUUCUCGUCUUAGAGGCCGGCAGUAUAAUAUACAUGUUCACGACAGUGUACAGAGUAUGCGUGACACCAGA